AUGGUCCUUCUUCUUACGACGGAUCGCAUCCUCGCCGCGUUCGAGGCUAUUCCGGCUUCGCGCCACGAGGAGCUAAAUCUGCCUACCACACUCGAAGCACAAGGCCCAAUAGCCCACGAGCAACUGAUCCGACUUGCCAGAUACCUUCAAACAGACCCAGAGUACAAAGAGCAUGUCUCUCAUACCCCAACAGUCCUCAGCUCCCUCCUCCGCGGAACGAAAGUCUACGUUCCUCCGCCGCCAAAGAAGCCAGAGCCCAGCGCCGAAUAUCUCGCCUCAAAAGCCCGCCUCCUCGCCGCAACAGAACAAGAAUCCUACAACCGCCUUUUAAACCCAAACUAUCAACCAAACGCCGACCACGCGGAUCCACACACGUCACCCUACACAAGCGACGGCCGAAUAGAAGAGGACACGCUGACGGUAUCGCUUGUUUCUAGCGUCUUCAUCUCGGUGCUUGUGACCGGGUUCGGCGUGUACGCGGCGCUCACUCGGUUCCCGACGCCGCAGAUCCUGUCAAAUGAGGCGGCUAAGGUUCUUCUUGGGCUGUUUUCGGCGCUGAGUGUUGCUGUUGCGGAGUCGUUUUUGUAUUGGACGUAUAUUGGGAAGGUGGAUCGGGCGAGAGUUAAGGAGAGGGGGGUUAGGGAAAGGAAGGUUGUUAUUGGGGCUGUUGGGGAGGAGGAUAAGGGUGUGGAUGAGGGUGUCGAGGUUGGGGCGGAGAAGGAAGAGAUCUGGGGGAAAGGGGUUAAUGGGGGUGUCAGGAGGAGGGUUAGGGAGAAGUGGGAGAAGGGGAGGGAUGGGGAGGAUGUUAAGAGUCUUUGA